AUGUCUUAACUGUCUUCUGUGGAGAGAACGACAAUGAUUGAAUUGUUUUCAACUUUUUUUGAUCGCUUGAGUUCUCAUAAUCCAUAGCGGGAACAAAUGCUAAAAUCAUUGUAUCAAUUUAAAGCAUUAUUAUAUGCUAAUGAUGCUGGAAUUGAAAAAUAUUUGCAUGAUCUCUAAGGAUAAAAAUCACCUCUAAAAAGAGACAAUUCAUAAACCAAAAAAUCAAGCAGCAUCAGAAAAGAAUAAGAGGCAAUUUCACGUCAUCUCAAACGAAAAACAUUAGGUUGUGGACAUGAGAUUGAGGCCAUGGAUCAGAGUGGAGAAUGCAUCAUUUGUUGUGGAUAAUCAUAGCCAUUUGAUGAAUUUAAACAGAAAUGCUCAAAUGUCUUCAGAGCAUUAUAGCAAUUGGAUAAUGAUGACUUUUUCAAAUGCUUACAAUCAUUGGAUGAUCCCUUGAUGACAUCAUUGUCAAAACAGAGAUGCCAAUCAUCCACUGGGGAAUUAUUCAAAGACCCCAUGAACUAUUCAAGACUAGCAGAUUAAUAAAUCCAGUAGAUCAUAAGAAAAUGCCUUCGAUGCAACAAAGACGUACAAAACCACGAUUCCAAAAACAUAAGCUACUUCUGCAACUCUUGUAAAAACUUCUGA